AUGGCGGCGUUGCUGGAGGAGGGAGAGGAGGUGGUCGGCCCGUCCGAGGGGCCCUGUGAGGACAUCAGGCAGGUCUUGUUCCCGGAAGAUGAGGACAGCGACUACGGGAGCCACAAAAAACUGGGCCGGGUGUCGCCGUGUCGUGUUUUAGCGGGAAACGUCCAGUUCCCCGACUUAUUCCAAACAAAUAAUCUCCUCUUCUAUGAGAGGUUUGAGGCAUACAAGGAUUAUCUCCUGGGAGAUGGGAAACCCUCCGAAGUGAUGGAGUUUAUAUCGGAAUACUUGGAAAAGGCUCUGGAACCUUCCGGCUGGAGGGCUGUUUGGCGCACGGACAUCUUUGAGGUUCUUGUAGAGGUGACCGAUGUGUCCUGCUCCAAUUUAAAGGCUGUUGUCAAGCCGUGUGAACCGUUCACGUGCGAGUAUCGCAUGGAGUGCGUCACCGAGCAGAGCAUCCGCGACCUGCUGGAAGUGAAGGAGCAGAGGGUCCCCCUACAGGAGCUUUAUGUGGUCUUUGAUGAUUCAGGAGAAUAUGACCAGACCGCCAUGUCUAUUGAACAUGUCAGGUUCUUCUUCCAACACAUCUGGCGGCCCUGGGAUGAAGAAGAGGAGGAUUAUUUUGAUUACUUUACAAGAUGUGCCGAGCCACGAUUACGCUUGUUUUAUGACAUUCUGGAAGAGCGCAUUCCAUCCGAGCUGGUAUCUGAGUAUAACGCCAUUCUGGCACACUGUACGCAGGUCUACUCUCAGUUCAACAAUCUCCGAAAUGUGUUAUCCAACAGCGACUCUGACACAGAGCUGGAUAAUGUGUCCAUGGUGGAAGGAAUGAAGAUGGACGGUGAGAUGGAGAAUCUGAAAAGGAAGCUAAAACUGAUUGAGAACCCCUUGCUGAGGUACCUGUUCUGUUGUCAGAAGAGCCCUGGAACAUACAGCCUGAAAAAAAAGGGCCCCCGUCCCGCAGGUGGAAGAGUCAUUCAUGUUGUGUCCACAAGUAUGACAAUUGACACCUUGACCUGUCUGACUAGAGAGCGACUAGAGCCGGAGUCCUGUAACCAAAACCAGGAGAUCCAGUUCCACAAAGAUCUCCUGGAGGCAGUGAAUGUGUGCUAUGAUGGGGAUCUGGUCCUGAUUUGUCCUGGGCAUUAUAACAUAUACAGCCAAAUCUGCAUUGCGGACUCUGUGCAUAUAGAAGGUUAUGGGAUGCCAGAUGACAUUAUUAUCGAGAAGAAAGGGAAAGGAGACAAGUUUGUGGAAUGUUGCGGUCCCAGUGUGAAAAUUUCCAAUGUGAAGCUCAUCCAGCACAAUGCCGUGGAAGGGAUUGUCAGUGUCCUCGGAGGGAAGACCGAGCUGGAGAACUGCGUCUUUCAGUGCGACACCACCGGCAUUACAGUGAAGAAAUCGGCGGAACUGGUUAUGAAAUAUUGUGACUUGUAUGGAGCAAAGGGAGCCGGCCUGGAAAUCUAUCCCGGAAGUAGCUGCAGCUUGACGGACAAUGGGAUCCACCACUGCAAAGACGGCAUCCUGAUCAAGGACUUCAUUGACGAGGUUCACGAUCUUCCCAAAAUAUUCCUGGAGCACAACGUGAUCCAUAACAACGAGGGCUACGCUGUGGUUCUGGUGAAGCCGAGCGCUUCAAUGGAGAAAAUGAGGCCGGAUCAAGAAGAUAAAGACUCUAACUCCACCUUGACGGAAGGUAAGACCACCACAGCCACGGCCCGGUUGGAAUCUGGCGAGAUCGCGCCGUCAGAAGACAAUGAUGACCAAGCGGAGAGUAACGCUGAGGAUUCUGGGAAGCCACCGACCUCUGAGACGGAGGUGGAAAUUCUUCCUGGCGCGGAGGAAGAGUGUAACCCAUUACUUACCACAGAUCCGAACGCUUAUUGCAUCGCUAGCGAAGAGGCGGAUGGCAACCAGACCAUCGCCACCGAACUGACCGCAAACUCCCGACGGAAGACCAUGAUCUACAAGAAGAGGCUGAGCGCGCUGGGGAUCACCAAGGCCGAGGACGAGCACAUCCUGUCCCAAGGAAUGUUCCUCUCCAUCGCCAGUAAUCAGUUUAAGUGGAACGGUAAAGGCAGCUUUGGGACCUUCCUCUUCUAAACGUCACUUUUCACGCGC